CUAACGGUAUACGCUGGUGGGUUACGAAGUGAAGAUGACAGGUGGCAUAUCGUUACCAAAUCACCAAUAUAUGUAUUAUGAAAUUGUAAAUGAGACGCAGCAACUAUAUGAUGCAAAUUGUCUUUUACGGAUAAUGAUUUGCUGCCCAAACCCUCUGUUUCUAACAAGGCGCCUUCCAAAGUCGUAAGCGGAGGAGAAAACCAACCAUCUGCUCCUUGUACAUUCAAAGAUCCUGCCUGAAAAUUAAAAAUAAUGGAAUCUAAAUUACGAUGGCGCGAGAUGGGGAUCAAACUAUUAGCAAUCCUUUGGCCUUCAACUGCCCUAGACUUAAUAUCUUGCACUGGUUUGUAGUGACUUUGCCACCCGCCACAUUUUUGUCCGAUGAAUUAGAAAUAACUGAUGCCAAUACAUUAGAAAGAGAUUAGAAUUAGUUAGAAAAAAAAAAUACAUACAUUAUGGAUAAGCUUAGCUUUUAUGCAGUUUAUGUCAUGAAAAAACCAUGAAAAUCAAUCAUCUGUCAAUACCUACAUUGUUAAUCACAUGUUGUGUUUUGGUUGUAAAAUUUCCGCUAACGGUUUAUUAUUAUUAAUAUGUCUAUAUGAAUAAAUAAAUAAAAAUGGAUAUGCCGGAGAUAACUAGAUGUUUUGGUAUGUUUCCUCCGAAAUAUGGAAGUUAUUUGAUCGCAUUAUUUGGCUUGGGAUCUGGCGGCGUCGGGAUAGCCGGAAUCGUUUUGUAUGGGAUAGCGGAGAAUAUUAUAAUGUCUAUUUUUGGUGUCCGAACUAAUGCAGAUGAAGGCUUAAAAAAAGUUGUGCUGAUGUCAAUUGGGUUAACCUCUCUUCUGUUGCUGGUGGCGAACGCACUAUUGUUGCUCGGGGUGACUUUUGGCUCUCGGGGCUGCGUGUCUGCCGCGGUACGCGUAAUUUUAGUAAUGUGUGUUAUAAUAAUGCUUGCAACAAUAGCUAUACCCGUCUCAUGCUACUUUUUGUCAAGCAUGUGUCUCAUUAAAAAAAUUUCAUCUAUCGUCAUGGGUUUGGUGGUAUUAACUAUAACAAUUUUUCUCGAGUUAUGGGUAUACUUUAUGGUUGUAGCUUGGAAUUUAGAGGAACAAAUGUAAUACAGU